AUGGGCAUCUUCAAGCGCAAUUCCAAAAACUCGGUCCAGAGCGACAGGGACGAGCAGGAGUCAUUCGUCUCUGCUAACAGCGCCCGAACCUCCAACACUUCUCUCCGAUCUCCUGGUUACAAGGGCAGUGGCCCGCCGGUCUCCAUUCCAGAAAUGCCCACUGCGAAACCGCCCGACCCAGCAUUGGACCCCGCCGCCUAUCUCCGCAGCAUUCACGCCGUGCGCCAGCGCGCUCAGAUUGUCCUCAAGGCAGCCAAACGCAACAAGUUGAACCAUUUCGAUGUCGAUAUGAGCAAAUUCAAGGCGACGGCUCAAUAUGUUGUGUCUAUUAUCAAGCGAGACUAUGCUCCGGACUAUCAGAAUAUCCCUCCACACGGCCGCUGGCAACACUUUGACGUCGGUGGUAGACCACGCAUUAACCAACUGCUCCAGUCUUGGCCUAGUAGCAUUGACCCGCAGGAACGAACUCGCCGUCUGAUCGACCUGUUCGUGGUCUCGGUGCUACUCGAUGCCGGCGCCGGCGCCAAAUGGUCGUAUAAGUCCAAGGAGUCUGGCAGGGUGUAUUCGCGUAGCGAGGGUCUGGCAGUCUGCAGUCUGGAGAUGUUCAAGUCUGGUCUUUUCAGCAGCGACCCUACGGAACCUUGCCAAGUCGAUGGAGCCGGCCUCAAGAAGGUUACCGUCGAGAAGCUGGCAAAGGGGAUGCAGCACUCAGACCAGAACCCGCUGGCCGGUAUUGAGGGGCGGGCUGGGCUAUUAGUGCGCUUGUCGGAGGCGCUGAACAAUCAGGACUUUUUCGGCGUGGAUGCACGACCUGGAAACAUGCUAGAUUACUUGCUAGGACACCCAUCGACACUCGCUUCUUCUGUGCCUAUUGUCCCUAUCACGACGCUGUGGACCGUACUAAUGGAUGGCUUUUCCUCUAUCUGGCCCCCCUCGCGCACACAGAUUGACGGCGUGGCCAUUGGCGAUGCUUGGCAGUGCUCAAUCCUUCCGAUAUCCCCACCUGCACCGGCAUGGGAGAGCAUCAUCCCAUUCCACAAGCUCACGCAAUGGCUUUGCUACUCGAUUAUGGUACCUAUGUCGAAGUUGAUGGCAAUCCACUUCGCCGGCACUGACCUCUUGACCGGUCUGCCAGAGUAUCGUAAUGGUGGUCUUCUGAUCGACAUGGGCCUUUUGAGUCUCAAGGAAGCUGAUAUGGAGCGUGGCCUCCAAUCAUUCAGGGAGAAUGCGCAAAUCAAAGGCCAGCCCAAUAUGGAGGUUGUGCCUUUGUUCUCGACAGAUGACGAUGUCAUUGUGGAGUGGAGGUCUGCCACUGUCGGCUUUUUGGAUGAGUUGCUGGACGAGGUUAACACUCAGCUGGGACUCACGGGAGCAGAGGAACAACUCACUCUGGCGCAGAUGCUAGAGGCCGGAACGUGGAAGGGUGGUCGUGAAAUCGCCGAAGUCUCCAGGCCAAACACCAAAGAGCCGCCAAUUAUGAUCCGCUCCGAUGGCACAGUCUUCUAA